AUGGAGGAGAAUUCCAGUGGCGAUAGCGACCUGAAGCAGCAGUACUUCAAUGCCAUCUUCGCCCACAUACCCACAAUCUGCUCCGUCUGCAAGGUGUACGCGCAGGACUUCGUCUGCCUGGGCUACGAUUUCCCUGAGCAGUGCAACAACGAGAACUGCAAGCCUUUUGGGAUCCAAUUCCCGUGA